AUGGCUUCCAUUUUCUUGUCCUCCCUAGUUUUCUUCCUUGCUGCACUUAUCCUCGUUCCUCAAGGACUUGCUCAAUAUCACCUUAAUCCAGUUUACGAACCACCAGUGAACGGGCCACCGGUAAAUAAGCCACCGCAAAAAGAGACACCGGUGCAUAAACCACCCCAGAAAGAGCCACCGGUUCAAAAAUCUCCACGAAAAGAGCCACCGAGACAUAAGCCACCACACAAGAAGUCACAUUUGCACGUGACAAAACCAUCUUAUGGUAAACAACAUCCUACGGCAGAACAUAAUUAA